AGCGCGAGCGCCGGGAGAGGAGCCGUUUACACCUCAGUGCUGGCCGAGAAACGACACUUUACAUUCUGGAUUCUGAAUCAUACUAAAGAAGAUUCCCGACUCCCGACGGAAUUUAACUCUUUCCCGGUUCGAGCGGAACGCCAGAGAAGAACAGCGGAUCAAAAUCCCAGAUGUCCAGAAGCCAUGAGGCCAAGUGGACUGACUGGAGUUCUCUGAGGAUGUGUCUGUGCCGGAAGUGACCGCUGCUCCUUUGCCUACGUCACUGUGACUCAUCAAGCUCUACCUGGGGAGGCGUGGUCCUGCCCCACUCAAACAAUAUGUGCAUAGGAAGCAGAGGACAAAGCCAGCGCGUGGAGCCCCUGCUUGCUCCUCUCAGCUCGGGAUGCUCUCUUCCCUACAGCCUUUCCCAUCGCCCCCUUUGCCCCGUUUUACGGCCCUGAUACUGCACCUGGUACCAUAAACAUGUUCAGAGACCCUGGCCCUCUCUCUCAGCCCCUCCUACCCCCGGUACAGCUGCACCUGCCGCUCCACAACGGCCACACCUCCCCAGCCGAUGCCAACUUAUCCCGCGUCUCCGUGCCCAAAAUGGGCGUGCGAGCUCGCAUCGCCGACUGGCCCCCAAGGCGGGAGCAGUCUCGAGAAUCGCUGCUGGAAAACGGGCAGGGUAUCACAUCAGAGAGCGUCGGUGGCGGGUUUAACCGAGGGGUUAGGGCGAGAGUGCCCCAGCUACGACGCAGCAAAGACGCAGAGUUUCGAGAUGGAAGAACUCUAAGGGACAUCCCGGGUUCUCCGGCACGUUUCCGGAUCCCGGGAUUCACGCUGCUCCGGCAGCGCUCUAGCAGCGAAAUCACACUGAGCGAGCAGGACGAAACCGAAGUGGACGCUCGUCUGUUCCGGGUCUACGGCAGCACGUCCUCGAUCAACGUUCAGGCUGUGCCUGAAGAGAGCUUCUUCGACAUGCUCAGUCAGUUCCAGCAGGAGAUGCCAGACCAACGCAGCGACGCCCCCGCUAGACUGGGAGAACUACUGCGAGCCGAAUCCUCACUUAUCCCGUCCCCUUCUCCCGCCCCCUCCAUCCCACGCUCCGAAGACCGCCCUGAGAGCCGCGUACGGAAAAAGAGCGGUGGCACAGAAUCGUCCCUCGGGACUGCGUCCCUGUUCCGGAAGCUUCGCAGCGCCAACAAGGGGGAUCCCGAAGCAUCGCGCGCCGACUGCGAGGAAGCACGACAGUCGGAGUCUUCGCUCAAACCAUGGUUGUGCGUACAUAGCUUUGCGCACUAUGACGCCCAGAGCCUCUUGUUUGACCUUCACGAGGCCGCCGCCCAGCGCAGCUACGCAGCCCAAAGACGGAACACGGCCACAGGGGCUUCUUCGGCAUCAACCGCCGUCUCGUUGGCCGUGACGGUUCUGGGCGGAGCCGAACCCUCCUUUUCUAGUACGGACGAUUUAAGUUUGCUAACGGAGGGAUCUACCUUGGACGUAGAAGUCUUGGACUCAGCAGGACCGGACAGCUCAAGUUCGGGUCCUCAGCAACAGCUCCUGCUCACCUGCCCCAACUUUGUGAACGAGACCGGAAGUUACGGCGAGCGCAACGUGAGCUUCCUGAGCUCGUGGGCGGAGCACGGGGAUGGCAGGCUGCGUAUGCGCUGUACCAACGCCAGCAUGGCCGUGUUGGAGGUGGGGCUAGACGAGCAGGCAACACGCAUAGAGAGAAUGCAGCACCACUGCAUAGAGCACGUCGACCUGGGAGCACGUUACUACCGUGAAUACUUCCACGGAAAAGAGCACUGGAACUAUUUUGGAACAGAUGAGAAAUUGGGGCCUGUGGCCCUGAGCAUCCGCAGAGAGAAACUGGACGACACCAAAGAUCUGAAGGACCAAUACCAAUAUCGUAUAAUCUUCCGUACCAGCGAGAUGGUGACACUGCGAGGCUCCGUCCCAGAGGACGCUGUGCCCGCCACAGCCAAGCACGGGACAGUGCGAGGUCUGCCACUGAAGGAGGUGCUGGAGUUCGUGCUGCCCGAGCUGAACAUGUCAUGUCUGCGUUUGGCUCUCAGCACCCCCAAAGUCACAGAGCAGCUGCUCAAGCUGGACGAACAAGGCCUGAGCCAGAAGCACAAGGUGGGCAUCUUGCUGUGUCGAGCAGACCAGAGCACAGAGGAGGAGAUGUACAACAACGAGGAGGCCACACCAGCCUUCACCAACUUCCUGGAGCUGCUGGGGGACACAGUGUGUUUAAAGGGCUUUGACAAGUACGCUGCCCAGCUAGAUACCAAGACGGACUCCACCGGGACACACUCCUUGUACACUACCUACCAGGACUACGAGAUCAUGUUUCACGUCUCCACAAUGCUUCCGUACAUGCCCAACAAUCCCCAGCAGCUUUUGAGAAAGAGGCAUAUAGGGAACGAUAUAGUGACCAUCAUCUUCCAGGAGCCGGGCGCUCUGCCGUUCACACCCCAGAACAUUCGCUCUCACUUCCAGCAUGUCUUUGUGAUCGUCCGCGUUCACAACCCCUGUUCAGAGAACACCUGCUACAGCGUUGCAGUGACGCGCAUGAAGGACGUGCCUCCAUUCGGGCCGCCGCUGCCUCCCAGUGGUUUGACCUUCCGUGACCCCGCCUCGUUCCGUUCCUUUCUUUUGGCCAAGAUCAUCAACGCUGAGAAUGCUGCUCACAAAUCAGAUAAGUUCCACACCAUGGCCGCUCGCACCAGACAGGGCUACCUUCGAGACCUGGCCGAGAACUGCGCCAGCAGCACUCCUCUGGACACAAGCGGCAAGCUCAAUAACCUCAUCUCGCUAGCAUCCAAGCGACGGGAAAGAGUACGGGCACGCCAGGGGGCGGAGCUUGGUGCUGCCGGAGCGGUGGCCUGGCGGGUAGUGGCGCAGGAUUUCAGCGGAGGCGGAGCAGAGCUUCCAUGCGUGCUGGCCGUUUCUACGGAGUACGUAGUGUUGGCUGACUGCUCCACAAAACAGGUGGUGUUCAACUGCUUCUGCGCCGACGUGAUCGGCUGGACGGCCGAGAGGUUGAAUUUAAAGUUGUACUAUGGCCGAGGGGACCACGUAGCGCUGCGUGCGCCUGAGGGCGGAGUCCAGGACAUCAGAGAGGUGGUUCAGAGGCUCAAGGCGCUGACGGUCGGGUGCGAGACGGUGGACAUGACGCUGAGACGGAACGGUCUGGGCCAGCUGGGUUUCCACGUGCGCUUGGACGGCACCGUCUCCGAAGUAGAGGAGUACGGCUUCGCCUGGCAGGCGGGUCUCCGGCAGGGCAGUCGAUUAGUGGAGAUCUGCAAGGUCGCCGCUGUGACGCUCUCACACGAACAGAUGAUCGAUCUGCUGCGCACUUCCGUCACUGUUAAAGUGGUCAUAAUCCCACCAUUUGAGGAGGGAGGGGCCCGCAGGGGCUGCACAGAGGAAUACGAGAUGAGGACUCAGGAGCACAAAGGAGAUGUGGAGCCGAUGGCAGCGAGUUACCGUUCCAGCCAGAGAGGGCCUGCGUGGCGGUGGGACAGUCCCCCUACCGCCCCAUCAGCACAACGCUGGACUCCUGUGGGGCCUCCGUCAGGUCCAAGCCGCACGCCCAAGGGCUUGGUUCCCGUUCCAUACAGAGACCCGCAACACAUUCCUGCUAAAAGACCUGUCAGUUUCCCUGAGAACCACUACAGUGUAUCUCCAGUAGGAGCAGAUAGAUGUCUGCCCUACCGCAACCCCUCAGCCAGUUUCUCCAGCCCGGGAUCAGGGCUCAGCCCUGCGCCCCUGAGCGGCCCCUUCGUCCGCUACAAACCCUCUCCAGACAGGUUCAGCUCGGGUCAGCGCUCUCUCCAGGCCUAUGACGCUCAUUUGACUCUUGAUGGAUCCAGCGGAGAUUCGUCAUCUGGCUUCACCAGUCAGGAGAGCACUAUGGAGCGCAGCAAGACAGGUACAGAGCCAAUGUGGCAUGUUGCAGCGUCAUCUCGGAGCUCAUCUGGGGGCGGAGCUCAGAGGCGACAGGCUCGCCAGGAUUUGCAGGGGAAGGACUCGCCAAACCGACACUCAAAGGGCGAGACGCAGUACUCCAGCCACUCCAGCAGCAACACCCUGUCCAGCAACGCCUCCAGCAGCCACAGCGACGAGCGCUGGUUCGAUACCAUGGGCGCUAGCAACUCUGGUACCCUCAGCGACCCCCUCGACCCUUGUGAUCCCUGUGACCCCGACCCCAUGGGGAAAGGAGGCUCCAGCGACAGUGGCAUUGACGCCUCCACUCUGUACACGGCCAUCUCCAGCAGCAAAUCAAGCAAACUAAGUCGGAGCCAAGCAGGAACACCACACAAGAACCUUCACUCGUCAUCUACAUAUGGCGGCCUGCAUGAACUCUCUGCACCUACAGCCAGAGUAGGGGAGGGGCUGCGGCGAGAGUCCUCACCCGUCAUAACCUCCACAGCCAAUCAGAGCAAGAGUUACCACACGCGCACCUUCCCUCCACCUGGCUCAGCCAGCACAGACAACUUCAAAACAAGAGGCUGCUACACCCCGCAAGGCUUCAAGACCCCGGCGGUGCCUGAUAAGCCCCGUCCAUUCCGAACCUCCACGGCCACACCAACUUCAAGUUCAUCACAGCUGUCCACCUCCGCCCCCAAAUCCUUAUACGGUAAAAACAAGCAAGGUGCAUGGCAGCAGGAAGAAAGCAGCACAGCCACCAUGACUUCAACUUCAAGCAGCAACGACAGCAACAGCAGCAGCAACAGGCAGGUGGACGUGAACAGUAAAAACGUGUUUGGUCAGCCACGUCUAAGAGCCUCUCUGAGGGACCUGCGUUCUCCUCGUCGUCCGGCACAAAAGAGCACUAUCGAGGACGAUCUGAAGAAACUCAUCAUAAUGGACUCACCAGCCGACACAACACAAGAAUCUUCACCUCGGAAGACCCUUCAGCGGACCUUCUCAGAUGAGAGUUUAUGUAGCGGACGGAGAGACUCGAGCUUUGCCAGCACCCCGCUGUUUGACGGACAGGCACCGCCCAGUGACCUGCUCUUCACCAGCACACUGCCCACCCGUCGCCAUGGCAGCAGCACCAACCACAGUGCCCUCUUGCCUAAUAAGAAAGUGCCAUUGUCCGCAUCAGAGCUGUCUCUGACAGAGGUGAGAGAUAAAGUGCCCCCCAUGCGCAGACUCGACCCCGGCCUCAUGCCCCUUCCUGAUACAGCAAGCGGUCUCGAGUGGUCGAGUCUCGUCAAUGCUGCCAAGGCCUACGAAGUGCAAAGAGCAGUUUCUCUUUUCUCACUGUCUGAGCCUCAUGUUGGAGGAGCUGAACUGAGGCCUGUGUUAAGUCCAGUUCCCCUGCUUGCAUCACAGACCCCCCGCACUACACCCACCUUAAACAGUGAGGAGGUUUCUGGAGCCCUGUCAGGCCGGCUGUACCACCUGGAGGUCAUGUUAAAGCAGCUGAAUAAUGAUCUUGAGAAGGAGAAGCAGGAUAAGGUGGCUUUGCUGGCAGAGAUGGCUCACCUGAGGGAGAAUAACCAGCGUCUGCAGGAGGAGUCUCUGUCCGCUAGCGAGCAGCUCCGCAAGUUCAGCCAGCUCCUCUCAUCCUCAUCAGACAGGAAGUGAGCUCUUUAUGAGGAGAGGAAGCUAAAACCAGAGGCUGCACUUAGAACACAGGAGAUGAUGGAUGACUCCCAGUUCCCGAGCUGCUCACACAUGGCAUGAUGCCCAUGCUGCCCUUCACCUCAACCUCUCUCCACACGAGUCUGAACACUCAAACCUGAGAAGUAUAAGAGAGGGGGGGAAAAAAGAAUGAAAAGCAAACAGAAAUGGGGAGAAAAACGAAAUAACAUAAAAGAAAAACAGCUUUGCAUUAUUUCGGGUGUUUAGAUCUUUAACUGGAAAAGGAAAUCAGACUCAUGCCAAGUAAGACCCAAACGCCUUGAAUGGGAGCUCCAUGAAUACAUUCCCGUCACAGCUAUUUUCCAAACUAUUGCUUUAUUUUUGUAACGGAUCUAAGACAGACACCAAGCUCGAGCCUGUUGAACUGAGAGACCUUCAGAUCGUACAUUGCAUUCAGAGAGGCCUAUUUACUGUACAUGCAGCUCUUCAGCCAAAAAAAAAAAAAAAAGAGAGCGACUGUGGUUGUGCGGCAAGUUUCCGCUUCCCAACAUGCACCACUGUAGAGCUGUAGGGGAAACACGGUACUGUAGUUUUGAAUUGAGGUACUAUGUAUAUGUCCUGAUUUACAGGUACAUGGAGCGCAAGAAGAUUAAGAUAUUAUAGUUUGAUGUAUAACUCAACAGGAGGCUACCUGACUGUAUGUCACCCUGUGCUUGAACGUUGUAGAUGAUCUUAAACGAAUGGUUCAGUGAAAGACAGGUCGUCCUUUUCACUGCUAUAAGUAUCUAGUGAUGGAUUUCACCUCUAUAUUUCAUCCAGAUUCCUUUCCAUAAACGCACACUGUUCAGCUGUACAUAAUGUCACCUGGGUGACUGAUUGUCCACCCCCCCACCCAUGACGGCACUUCUCUAAGUGAUCUAUUUUGUACAUAUAUUCUGUGUAACCCUAAAUUUGGCAGUUCUUAUGCAUAGCUCGCUCUCCCCUUUGACACCACAGUUAUCAGCAAGAAAGGAUGAAGACAAGAAGCUAGCUGUCUUAUGUCAGGAGGAAAGAGUCCUGUUCCACGAACACGAUCAAAACAAUGAUGUGUCUAUGCCAUUACCUCCUCUCACUCACACAGCAUGAUCAGUUUUGCUUUCUCGAUACACGUUUAUGGAAGCAAUCCUGUGUGGGGAAAAAUAUAUAUAUAAAUCUCUCAGCUGUUCGGCUACGUUUUCGCUCGAACCAUUCCUUUAAUGACGAUCAUAACUAAGCCAAAACAUCACGACAUCAUUUUCCGCAGGUCCGGUUCUGACAAUACCGGUUCCUCCGUUAUCGAAAUGAAGUCCAUCCUUGCAUCUUGUGUUUAGUGAGUCAGUACUUCUCUUACUCCCCAUACUAUGUCUCUCUUUCAUGCUUUGACUGACUGUUUUUCAGCGACUGUAGAAAAUGAAUCAAUCAGCCCAGGCCUUCACGUGGUGUUUCGCAGGAAUCCGACACGUCAAGCAUCGCCGUGACUACUGUUAAACAGAGUUACUGUAAAAACACAGGACCAAUUCGAGCAUCUGCUCCCAGAACUGUGAUUCUCAUCUUAAGUUUUUCCCCUUUCCAAUGCUCCGGCAUUGCACUGUGUGUAAACCCUGGCUUCUUUCGUGAAAUCGAGACACUGUACGUGUGUACGUGAGACACAAACAGCUCCUGGGCUCAUUCCGCACGGCAACUUCCACACAUAAUCUAUUUUUCUAUGUACCUCUCAGUUAAAGUGUAUAUCAGGUGACAUGACUGUUGGCUGUUUUUUAAAACCAAGAACAAACAAAUCCUUUGGCAGGGUUACAUACUUAUCGCGGUUUCCUCAUCCCCUGCACUGUUAAAUGAUUACUCACUUUCCAUGAGUUUUUUUUUUUGUACGCAUUAGAGCAGUAACUAAACUAUAAGUAGGUUUAAUCCAAAUCAAUCAGUUGCUCAUUAGCUAUCGAUAGGUACUCUGUGUAUAUAAGCUUUAACAAGGCAUACUAAAACCAUGACUAUCCCUUUAAUCUGGCCUAACUGGAAAUCAUCUCAUCUCUCAGGACCCACAAAGCGCCCUCGAUGGCCUAAUCUAUUUAUUAUAUUUAUUCAUCAGUCAGCCAGAGGGUGGCGUUACUUUUAUAUUCUAUAACCGAAUAAUCUGAGUGAAUUUAGUGUAAACAGUCUUAGAGAGCACUGUUUAGAGUGCAAAAUAAUUAUUGCUCAAGGCUUAAAUCCACACCGAUAUUUAAACUUCAGUCUGUUUUUUAUGGUUUCCUACGUUACCCACAGUGCUGUUCGUCUGCGUGCCAUUUGGUGCAAGGGGAUUUAGCCCUAAAUUUAGUCUUCAGUCUUUAUUUUUUCCCUCCUAUGAAAUGCAUUAGCAAUAACAGUGUCUCCCUGUGACAUCAGCACGGCACACAACCAAUACGACCAUGAGUAAUAUCCUUAAUGUGAUUCACAGUGGAGGUUUCCUUUAAAUCCUAAAUGAUUUACAUCUUUGUAUCUUGUUUUUGCAGCUAAACUGGACCUUCUCUAAAAAAAUUUCACCUCACACUAAAUAAAGGACAGAAAUAUGAAACAGCCUGUAAAAAUCUCUCUUCAUCUCUACUCAUUAUACUUCGCCCUCGCUUAACGCCAACUUCAGGUCAUCCUGAAAUAUGUGUAUAAAGGUUAGCUCAUAACACACACUCCGACUCAUAACCUCAUGCGAAUCUCUGCGUGCUGAAUAUACGCAACAUCAGUCUUAAUUUUUUAGUUUAUUCAAGGGUGGAGGUGUUUUGAUUUAGUUUUUGUCUUAUUUUAACUUUUAAGCUAAAUACAAGUGAUCUUCAGCUAGCUGAAUAUGUGCACAUGAGGAAAUCAUUCAACUAAUAGUCCAGCUGUAAAACUCGCUCUGUCAUAUGUGUAAAAAUUUGGAUUAUUUAUUUUGGAUUUUUUUCUCUCUCUCACUUCAGACACGUCAGCCAUUUUUCAGUAGAAAUUUAAUUGAACUUUGGUUGAUUUUUUUUUUAAAUGUCUUGCAUAUGUUUGAUUUCUGCUCUUUUGUACAUUUUUUUUUUUUAAUGAUUUGUCUUAUUUUAUUUUUUCUUGUAUGCUGCCAUUCUCAGUUUGCUUUAUGCGUCUUCAAAUCUGAUAACUGAUUAAUCUUUCAGUUUCUCCUGGGAACCUCAUAAUGAUGAGUGUACAUUUAAUAAGUGUAAAUUAUGUUUUCAAUAUUUUAUA